AUGGAUUCUGAAACGGCGUCGUCGGUUGAUGAACAAGUUGGUGGUGGAGGAGGAGGUGCGUCAGUGGGAGCUGAUACGAGAGGAAAGCAUCGGAUUCUUGCUGAGCUGAAGCGCGUGGAGCAAGAAUUGAAGUUUUUGGAGGCUUAUGCUUUGAUUGAAUUAUAUGGAAAGACCGAAAGAGAGAUACGAGGAAUCACUGGGAGCUUGGUAGCCUAUUUUAAUAUGCCCUGUCAAUACUUGUAUACCAUACAAAGCAUCAUAGCAGCUGAGCUUUGCUCAAAUGUCUGGAAGAGUUUGGACUUUGGUCCUUCAGUUAUAGCACAGGGCUACAACUGCUUUGAACCUGGUAUAUCCAAUAGGGUUUUGAAAUGUGACCACCGUGUUGGUGUGGAGGAAGAGUUGGAGGAGCUCCAAAAAACAGAUAAUGUAUCCACUGUUUGUGAAGAGUUGCUGCGCAAUGUUGAAAACAUACCUGAUCCACUACUCACACUACUUCUCGUUAUCGUCUCUGAUGCUCAUUCCAUAGUUUCUUCCAUUACAGAACAAAUGGCCCUGCAAACCCUUUGUGGGAUCGAUGGUUUGAGGGGCCCCAGAAUUCACAAGAUUGCGGAGGACUACGAGAUUCAAGAUAAACCGCUCUUUGCAUUUUCACCCAAUGAUAUUUUGGAAGGAACUUUGGUGCAACUCACUACUGCAUAUGCAUAA